AUUCAGAGUGAAACAAGAAGAUGUUGAGGAACAAACAGAGACGUGUGAAGACAUGAAAAUGUUGGAACUGAUUAAAGUGGAGUGUGAAGACAUGAGGACUGAAGAAGCAUUCAGAGUGAAAAAAGAAGAUACUGAGGAACAAACAGAGAAGAAACUUCUGGAGAAGCAAGUGAGAUUCACGUGACAUACUAAAGAUGGCGUUUAUUAAGGAGGAGAGUGAAGACAUUCAAAUUGAAGAGGCAUUCAAAGUGAAACAAGAAGAUACUGAAGAUCAAACAGACCUGAUGGCACUGAAAGAGGAGAGUUUGAAAGAAGAACUGAAAAAUCAGGAUGAGAAACGUCAGGAUUUCAAGAGAGGAGAAAAAUCCUCAAAGAUUGAAAAGACUUCCUCACAAAAAAGAGGUCAGAAGACUGAAUCUAACAGUUAUUUCACCUGCUGUCAGUGUGGUAAGAAUUUCACUUAUAAGCAAAACCUUGAAGUCCACAUGAGAGUUCACACUGGAGAGAAGCCUUUCAGCUGCCAACAGUGUGGAAAAACUUUCAAUCAAAAACAAAACCUUAAAGCCCACAUGAGAGUUCACACUGGAGAGAAGCCUUACAUCUGCAAACUGUGUGGACAAAGUUUUACACUUAAAGGAAACCUUAAUGCCCACAUGAUAAUUCACACUGGAGAGACCCCUUACACCUGCAAACUGUGUGGGAAGAGCUUCUCAAGAAAAGAAAGUCUUAUGACUCACAUGAACAUUCACACAGGAGAGAAGCCUUGGAUAUGUGGUCAGUGUGGAAAGAGAUUCAAUUGUAAAGAAAUGCUUAAUCAACACACGAGGAUUCACUCAAAAGAGGACUGUUUUAUAUGUCAUCAGUGUGGAAAGAGUUUCAUGCAUAAAAGAAGCCUCAACACUCACAUUAGACUUCAUACUGGAGAGAAGCCUUUCAUCUGCCCUCAGUGUGGAAAAAGCUUCUCACAAAAAGGAAACCUUCAAACUCACAUAAGUAUUCACACUGGAGAGAAGCCUUUCAAGUGUCUUCAGUGUGAUAAUAGAUUCACAUAUCAAAGAGACCUGAAACGUCAUUUGCAAACUCAUUUGGUAAAGAGAUUGUGAGCAAUUUCACUCUGGAGGAAGCCAAUUUGAGGGUGAAAAAACUGAAGAAAAUAUAUAUCUCUGGGAAAUAAAGGCUAUGUUCACUUUGCAGAUGAAUGUGGGCCAUAUGUGAUAGUCCACCUUUAUCAUCAAUUUAAUUUGCAAUAUUCGCCUCUUUAUACUUUGCCUUGAGGUUUUUUAUUUUCCUUUUUCAUGUACAUAUGAACUCUUAUUUCCACACUUUCUUGUUUCCACUCAAUCUCCUUUGCUAUAGUUUCAAAUAUUGAGCAGUUGAAGUAGACGCUCUAAUUUUGAUAGUAUAGAGGCAUCACUCCAUUUCAUAUAUUGAUACCUCUGAAUCAAACUAUUGGUUAAACUGUCUUAAUCUGUCUUGUUGUGAAAUGCCACAAUGUAAAAGAAAAUUCUAAAUAA